AUGUUGCCAACUCAAGUUUCUGUUUACUCGCUGAAGGACAUGGUCAUUGAAACUCAUCAGCUGAAGUGCCGCUCUCGUUUGAGCGGAAGAAUCCAGGGAAAGCCUAUGCGUAUUGCGAAAACGCAAGAUCUUCGUCCUACAGUCUCCUUUGCUUAUGCCAUUGCUGAGCCGGAGCCUAUUGACGAGCUCGACCUUGAUGCCGCUAGCAUUCUGAGCUCAAUCCUCGAGGAGAAAGGACGAUUCCGGAGGAUGCUUGCCACCGUCCGCGAGAGACUCGACCCCCUCCUCUGCUUCCUCCCGCGCAGCUCUCGCUCGCGGUCUUACUAA